CCAAACACAGGGAUAGUGAUUGACGAACUAGUCUACAACUGUUCUCAAUUUAUCAAAGAACACCCAGGAGGCGAGGCCGUGAUUAGGAGGUAUGCCGGCAAAGACUGUUCUCUGCAGUUCUGGAGGUUUCAUAGAGAAGAUCAACUACUGGAAUAUGGUGCUGCACUUCGGGUGGCAAGGGUAGCAGGAGGAGUGGAAGCAGACUCUCUUCCUGGCCCCCCUCAACGAUAUAGAUUAUAUCAU